AGAAAGUACCCAAGUAAAUAAAAUUAUAAAUGAGAAAGGAGAAAUAACAACAAACACCACAGAAAUAGAAAUAGUUAUAAGAGAAUAUUAUGAAUAACCAUAUACCAAAAAAUUGGGUAACCUGUAAGACAGAGAGCAAAUUGAGGGUUGCUGCAGGGGAGGGUAUGGGUGGGAAGAUAGGUAAAAUGGGUGAUGGCAAUUAAGGAGGACACUUUUGGGGAUGAACACUGGGUGUCAUGUGUAAGACAUGAAUCAUUGGGUCCUACUCCUGAAGCCAAGACUACACUGUAUGCUAAGGAACUUGAAUAUAAAUAAAAUUUAAAAACAUAAUUUAAAAAAAGAGAAAUGGACUGGCCCAAGAACCAGAGAUGGUCUUGCUGCCACCACAGGUCUUUCAGCCACCUGACAAUGUCAUCUCAUUUAGUAGAGAGGCCACCACUCCCUCACAACAACAACUGCGAGGAAGGUGAACAGCCUUUGCCCCUGACAGCUGGCCUCAAAAGUUCCUGGUUAGAACUCCCUAUGAACAGCAGCAAUGGCAAUGAUAAUGGCAAUGAGAAAAAUAGGGGGCUAGAACAUGUACCUUCCUCAUCUUCUGUCUGCAGUGGAGACAUGGAAAAGGCUCUUUUGCAUGCACAACAUGAAUCAGGACAGAGUAGUUCAAGAGCCAGUUCUCACUGUGACAGCCCUUCCCCACAAGAGGAUGGGCAGAUUAUGUUUGGUGUGCAGAUAUACGCCAGUAGGGCCCAUAUCUCAGAAGAAAAGGUUGCAGAAGAAGAGAAAGAAGCUGAUCCUUUGAAGAAAAGUGUAGACUGGGUGUCCAGCUGGUUCAGUAGACCUGAAAACAUUCCACCUAAGGAGUUCCACUUCAGACACCCCAAAUGUUCCAUCGCUUUAAGCAUGAGGAAAAGCGGGGCCAUGAAGAAAGGGGGUAUUUUCUCCACAGAAUUUCUUGAAGUGUUCAUUCCAUCUUUCUUCCUCUCUCAUGUUUUGGCUUUGGGGCUACACAUCUAUAUAGGAAAGCGACUGAGCACACCUUCUGCCAGCACCUACUGAAGAAAAGAGAAACCCCUGGAAAAGCGUGUGACCUGUGAAGUGGUGUAUUGUCACAGUAGUUUAUUUGAACUUGUUACCAUUGUAAGCAUGACCCCACCUACCACCCUAUUUUUGCAUAUCCAAGUUCCAGCAACUCUCAAAUCCAGUAUUUUAUUCAAACUCUGUAGAAGCAUUUUACUCACCUCAUUCCCUUUUGGCCUGUAAGACAUUUUAGAAUUUCCUAACAGAAUUUACUGUUAUUUAAAAAUUCCUAACAGAAUUUACUGUUAUAGAAACAUUUUUAAAAAGAAAAGGGCUUCUUUUCCACAAAUGUCACCGGCAGAUUAUAAUUUUGUCAACAAUGCUCUCAUCUGAUUUUAGUGCCACUAGACUUAGACCUGCAUCAUUUGUGGUAUAAAUUUUACUCUUGCAAGAUAACUAUCAUCUCUCUUUUCAAAUGAAAUCAGGUUGAUGUGACAGCUUAGUUGUUUUAUUUUUUUUCAAGACAAAGGCAAGCUUCAAUAAGCUUGAAUUUAUAGUUAUUAAAAAAGAAAAAAAAUCAACCAAGACACA